UGACACUAUAUGCAAUUGCGUUAUUCCCAUUUCCAAUAGGUAGAAUGAACUUUAAAUAGUAUCCAAUCAGAGGAGAGCUCCUCUGGCAUAUAAAAACCUAGCGAAGCUGAUUCAUUCUGGACAGCAUUAUUAGCUUUGGUGUGUCUUUCCCAAAGAAAAACGUCCUACGGUGAACGCAGUCAUGCCUUUCGGUAACACCCACAACAAGCUGAAGAUGAGUUACUCCGCGGAGCAGGAGUACCCCGACCUCAGCCAACAUAACAACCACAUGGCCAAGGUGCUCACCCCAGAGAUGUACGCCAACCUGCGGGACAAAGAGACUCCAAGUGGAUUUACCGUGGAUGAUGUCAUUCAAACUGGAAUUGAUAACCCAGGUCACCCCUUCAUCAUGACAGUGGGCUGUGUGGCCGGAGAUGAGGAGACGUACGAGGUGUUCAAGGAGCUGCUGGACCCCAUCAUCGAAGACCGCCACGGCGGAUACAAGCCCUCAGACAAACACAAGACCGACCUGAACCCAGAUAACCUUGUGGGUGGGGAUGACCUGGACCCCAACUUCGUCCUGAGCUCCAGAGUGCGAACUGGCAGGAGUGUCCGCGGCUUCUGCCUCCCCCCACACUGCAGCCGUGGGGAGCGCCGUGCCAUUGAGAACAUGGCAAUCGAAAGUCUAGCCUCACUGGAUGGGGACCUCAAUGGCCAGUAUUACGCCCUGAAGAACAUGACAGAUGAUGAGCAGCAACAGCUGAUUGAUGACCACUUUCUGUUUGACAAGCCCGUGUCCCCCCUGCUGUUGGCGUCCGGGAUGGGCCGUGACUGGCCUGACGGCAGGGGCAUCUGGCACAAUGAUGGCAAGACCUUCCUGGUCUGGGUGAAUGAGGAGGACCAUCUGCGGGUCAUCUCUAUGCAGAAGGGCGGCAAUAUGAAGGAGGUGUUCCACCGCUUCUGCACAGGCCUCACAAAGAUUGAGAGCCUGUUCAAGGACAAGGGCCAUGAGUUCAUGUGGAACGAGCACCUGGGCUACGUGCUCACCUGCCCCUCCAACCUGGGCACGGGGCUGCGCGCCGGCGUGCACGUCAAGCUGCCCAACAUGAGCAAGCACGAGAAGUUCAGCGAGGUCCUCAAGAGGUUGAGGCUGCAGAAGCGUGGCACAGGUGGUGUGGACACUGCAGCAGUAGGCGGUGUCUUCGACAUCUCCAACGCAGACCGUCUGGGCUUCUCCGAGGUGGAGCUGGUGCAGAUGGUUGUCGACGGCGUCAAGACCCUCGUCGAGAUGGAAAAGCGCCUGGAGAGCGGCCAGUCCUUCAACGACCUGAUGCCCGACCAGAAGUGAACACGCUCUCUCAAACCUUCUAACUUCUUACCUCGUCACCAAUAUCUCCCCCUUGUUUCCAUAAACAAUCUUCACUACAUCAAGGAAAUGCACUCUGCCCGACACGUUUAGUGACACAAGUUAGAUGAGUCUUCAUCUGUGUGAUGAAGGAUUUUGUAUCAAAUGCAAUCUUUUUGCAGAUGGCUAUUAACACCUGAAAUAAAAGUCUCUUCGGCCCAUGGAAUGUGUUUGUCACUUUGAGCAAGUGAUUUGUUUUGA